CCCCGGGCGGAGGAAGCGGGACUCCCUGGAGGGCUGGGGCCCGGCGGCGGGCGCCGGCACUGCUUUUCCCCCGAACGGGGAAAGGUUCCUCGUGGGAGCUGCAGAUCAGAGUGUUCAUCUUGCCCUUCCUCGCGUUUAGGAAGAGCGAGGAGCAGAGUAGGAAGUGGUGCGAACUUGCUGACGGGACGGCCCCAGCGAGGCUUCGUUCCUGCAGUCCUCCUAGCCCAUCCAGUGAGCAGACGCGCAAUUCCGGAAAUGUUAGAAUACGGAGCAUACGAAUUUCGGCAGGACUGGACACCCCUCACCUAGCUUUUCAGGAGCUGAGAUGUCGGCUGGGGAAUAAUGCAGGUCUGCAGGUUCCUAGUUGGAGAGUAACUGCUCCGAAUCCGGACUAGGGGCUGCUGGUGCCUGCAAGGAGGUCCUAAGGCCGUUCACUGCUCCCGCUUUGGCCUUACUUUGUUCAGUGUUUUUAUUUUAAGGUGCUUCCUGGCAAAAAUAAUUUUGAGUGCAGUGCCUCUCAGUUACUUGGAAGAAGGUGUAGGCUAGACCAUGGGAAAUGUGCAUCAGCUUAAGGCCGGGAACGUAAUCCCCCGAUCUUUCCCAUCUUCCCAAAUGGCGUCACUAUUCACCUGGGUUUUCAAGCCCUAAAUGUAAGCAUAAUUCUCUUUCUCUUCCUCCUCAAGACAGUUCAUAACUAGUCUUGCAGCUUCUGCCUCAAAAGUGUAUUUCCAGCCAGCCCUACCCUGUCCACGUCUGGUGCCCCUGGCUGGCCCAGCCGGUCUGUCUCCGGGUGGGACUUCUGUGGGAGCCUCUCACUGCUCCCCGGUAGCCUCGCCCUACCAUAAGUCCGUCACCAGCACCCUGGAGGAGCUCCUUAAAGUGUAGAUGAAAUGGCCACACCCUGAUUGAAACUCUUCAAAGGAUUUCUCAUUCCUUAAGCUGUUGACCUACGUGGGUCUAUAGAAGCGCAUCAUGAAGCCUAAGGAUUGUCCAAAGCACUGCGGACAAAGGUCUUCCUAAACCCUAACCAUAUGGGAGAACAGAAGUUUUUCCUCUCUGACUUAAUCUCGCUCUGCAGCAGUUUUCAGAGAUGGAGUUUUAACAUUGAAUGCGGAGAGCACUAAUUAUGCCUAUCAAGUUCCAAACUUCCAUAAGUGUGAAAUCUGUCUGCUAUCUUUUCCAAAAGAGUCCCAGUUUCAACGCCACAUGAGGGAUCACGAGCGAAAUGACAAGCCACAUCGAUGUGACCAGUGCCCCCAAACAUUUAAUGUUGAAUUCAACCUGACACUUCAUAAAUGCACCCACAAUGGGGAAGAUCCUACCUGUCCUGUGUGUAACAAGAAAUUCUCCAGAGUGGCUAGUCUCAAAGCGCAUAUUAUGCUACAUGAAAAGGAAGAGAAUCUCAUCUGCUCUGAGUGUGGGGAUGAGUUCACCCUGCAGAGCCAGUUGGCCAUACACAUGGAGGAGCACCGCCAGGAGCUGGCUGGGAGCCGGCUUCAUGCCUGUAAGGCCUGUAGGAAAGAGUUCGAGACAUCCUCCCAGCUGAAGGAGCACAUGAAGACUCAUUAUAAAAUUAGGGUAUCAAGUACAAGGUCUUAUAACCGGAACAUCGACAGGAGCGGAUUCACAUAUUCAUGCCCGCACUGUGGAAAGACAUUUCAAAAGCCAAGUCAGUUAACUCGGCAUAUUAGGAUACACACAGGUGAAAGGCCAUUUAAAUGUAGUGAAUGUGGGAAAGCUUUUAACCAGAAGGGGGCAUUGCAAACUCACAUGAUUAAGCAUACAGGUGAAAAACCCCAUGCCUGUGCCUUUUGUCCUGCUGCCUUUUCUCAAAAAGGGAAUCUCCAGUCCCACGUGCAGAGAGUUCACUCAGAGGUCAAGAAUGGCCCUACCUAUAAUUGUACAGAAUGUAGUUGUGUAUUUAAAAGUCUAGGUAGCUUGAACACUCAUAUCAGCAAGAUGCACAUGGGCGGACCACAGAAUCCAGCAAGCUCUACAGAGACCGCUCAUGUUUUAACGGCCACGCUGUUUCAGACGUUACCUCUCCAGCCGACGGAAGUCCAUGUCACGUCUGCGUCGAGCCAGCAGAAUUCCCAGGCCGUGACCGAUGUCAUCCAGCAGCUGCUGGAGCUCUCAGAGCCGGGGCCGGCGGAGUCCAGCCAGCCCCCACAGCCUGGCCAGCAGCUCAGCAUCACCGUGGGCAUCAACCAGGACAUUUUGCAGCAAGCCUUAGAAAACAGUGGGCUGUCUUCAAUUCCAGCUGCAGCACACGCUCACGACACCAGCCACACCAGGAUGCCCUCGGCUCAGGUUCAGAAUCCGGAUGCUCCUCACGCUUCGAGUGAGCAGACCCACUCCACAGAGGCAGAGCAGGAAAAAGAACAAGAAAGCCCAGAGAAGUUGGAUAAAAAAGAAAAAAAAAUUAUGAAGAAGAAGUCACCAUUUCUACCUGGUUCAAUCCGCGAGGAGAAUGGCGUUCGGUGGCAUGUGUGUCCCUACUGCACGAAGGAGUUCCGGAAGCCUAGUGACCUGGUGCGCCACAUCCGCAUUCACACCCACGAGAAGCCCUUCAAGUGUCCGCAGUGUUUCCGGGCCUUCGCCGUGAAGAGCACCCUGACCGCUCACAUCAAAACACACUCGGGCAUUAAGGCCUUCAAGUGCCAGUACUGCAUGAAGAGCUUUUCCACCUCGGGGAGCCUCAAAGUGCACAUCCGCUUGCACACAGGGGUCAGACCUUUUGCUUGUCCUCACUGUGACAAAAAGUUUCGAACCUCAGGCCAUAGGAAGACUCACAUUGCUUCUCACUUUAAACACACGGAAUUAAGAAAGAUGAGGCACCAGCGCAAACCGGCAAAGGUUCGAGUCGGCAAGGCCAACGUUCCGGUCCCCGAUAUUCCUUUGCAGGAGCCGAUUCUCAUAACUGACGUAGGUCUUAUCCAGCCCAUUCCAAGAAACCAGUUUUUUCAAAGUUAUUUUAAUAAUAAUUUUGUAAACGAAGCAGAUAGACCGUACAAGUGUUUUUACUGUCAUCGUGCAUAUAAAAAAUCUUGCCACCUUAAACAACACAUCAGAUCACAUACAGGUGAAAAGCCUUUUAAAUGUUCUCAGUGUGGAAGAGGCUUUGUUUCUGCAGGAGUGCUCAAAGCACACGUCCGAACGCACACUGGACUAAAAUCUUUCAAGUGUCUGAUAUGUAACGGAGCUUUCACUACUGGUGGGAGCUUACGGCGACAUAUGGGUAUCCAUAAUGACCUUCGUCCCUAUAUGUGUCCCUAUUGCCAGAAAACAUUUAAGACCUCACUAAAUUGCAAAAAGCACAUGAAAACCCAUAGAUACGAGCUUGCCCAGCAGCUCCAGCAGCAUCAGCAAGCUGCCUCGCUGGACGACAGCGCCGUGGACCAGCAGAGCAUGCACGUCUCAACGCACAUGCAGGUGGAGAUGGAGAGCGAGCAGCUGCAGCCGGCGGCGGCGGCGUGCCCUGCGAACCCCGAGGCCAUGCUGGACCUGGAGCCUCAGCAGGUCGUGCGCACGGAGGACGCGGGACUGGGUCAGCAGUUGACGCAUCAGCCUCUGGAAGCAGAUGAAGACAGGUUCGUGGCUCCGCCACCCGCUCUCCAGGGGCACAUGGACCAGUUUGAAGAGCAGGCCCCUCCGCAGCCAUCCUUCGAACCGGCUGGCUUAUCGCAGGGCUUUACCGUGACGGAUUCGUACAGCCAACAGCCCACAUUUGCCCCUGUCCAGCAGCUACAAGACUCCAGCACGCUGGAGUCUCAGGCCCUCUCCACCAGCUUCCAUCAGCAGAACUUACUGCAGGUCCCCAGCUCUGAUGCGAUGAAUGUCACAACGCGUUUGAUCCAAGAGUCGUCCCAAGAGGAACUGGAGCUGCAGACUCAGCGUCCCCAAUUCCUGGAGGACAGGGAGGACCAGAGCCGGCGCUCCUACAGGUGUGAGUACUGCAGCAAAGGCUUUAAGAAGUCCAGCCACCUGAAGCAGCACGUGAGGUCCCACACCGGGGAGAAGCCCUACAAGUGCAGGCUCUGUGGACGCGGCUUUGUCUCUUCCGGGGUCCUCAAGUCGCACGAGAAGACACACACAGGGGUAAAGGCGUUCAGCUGCAGUGUCUGCAACGCCUCGUUCACGACCAACGGCAGCCUCACGCGGCACAUGGCCACGCACAUGAGCAUGAAGCCCUACAAGUGUCCGUUCUGUGAGCAGGGCUUCCGGACCACAGUGCACUGUAAGAAGCACAUGAAGAGGCACCAGGCCGUCCCCUCUGCUGUGUCCGCCACGGGGGAGGCGGAAGGAGGAGAUGUGUGUAUGGAGGAAGAGGAAGAGAAUUCUGAAAGAAGUGCAUCUCGAAAAGCUCGUCCCGAGGUCAUCACUUUCACAGAGGAGGAGACAGCGCAGUUAGCGAAGAUUCGGCCGCAGGAAAGCGCGACCGUCUCCGAGCAGGUCCUGGUGCAGUCGGCGGCCGAGAAGGACCGCAUCAGCGAGAUGAAGGACAGGCAGGCGGAGCUGGAGGCCGAGCCCAAGUACGCUAACUGCUGCUCAUACUGCCCCAAGAGCUUCAAGAAGCCUAGCGACCUGGUGAGGCAUGUUCGGAUCCAUACUGGAGAAAAGCCAUACAAAUGUGACGAGUGCGGGAAGAGCUUUACUGUUAAGUCGACUCUGGACUGCCAUGUGAAGACCCACACAGGUCAGAAGCUCUUCAGCUGUCACGUCUGCAGCAACGCCUUCUCGACGAAGGGAAGCCUGAAGGUGCACAUGCGUCUGCAUACAGGAGCGAAGCCUUUCAAGUGUCCGCACUGCGAGCUGCGCUUCCGCACGUCGGGGCGGAGGAAGACUCACAUGCAGUUCCAUUAUAAGCCCGACCCGAAGAAGGCGCGGAAACCAGGGACGCGAAGCUCCUCGGAGGGGCCGCAGCCUGUGAAUCUGCUCACUCCGGCGUCCACCGACCCCAGUGUGUUCAUCAUGAACAACUCUGUUCUCACGGGACAGUUCGAUCAAAACGUGCUUCAGCAAGGUCUGGUGGGCCAGGCUAUUCUUCCUGCCUCCGUUUCAGCCGGCGGUGAUUGGACAGUGUCCCUGACGGACGGGAGCCUGACCACCCUGGAGGGCAUACAGUUACAGUUGGCCGCUAACCUGGUCGGCCCCAAUGUUCAGAUCUCUGGAAUCGAUGCCUCCAGCAUUAAUAACAUCACGCUGCAGAUUGACCCGAGUAUUUUGCAGCAAACGUUACAGCAGGGCAACUUGCUUACUCAGCAGCUGCCGGGGGAGCCCAGCCUGGCCUCACAGAACACCUCUCUUCAGACCCAGGACAGCACGGUCCCAGCCAGUGUCGUCAUCCAGCCCAUCCCUGGCCUGUCCUUACAGCCCACCGUGACAUCCGCCAGUCUGACCAUCGGCCCGCUGUCUGAGCAGGACCCUGUGAUGACCACCAGCAGCAGUGGGACUCAAGACCUCUCUCAGGUGAUGACAUCUCAAGGCCUGGUGUCCACCUCCAGUGGCCCCCACGAGAUCACCCUGACCAUUAACAACUCAAGUCUGAGCCAGGUCUUGGCACAGGCUGCCGGGCCCACCGCUGCGUCGUCCUCAGGGUCUCCUCAGGAAAUCACCCUGACCAUCUCUGGUCAAGAUCUUAUUCAGCACAAUGCUAAUGGAAGUAGUGAAGUGAACGGAAGCAUAAGGCUAUCAGCUCCUGCUGCCAGUGGUCAGUCUGCAGGUGCCACCCUAACCAUAAGCAGUGACCAGCUGCUCGCCCAGAGCGCGACCCUGAACUCCUCAGAGCUGAAUGCUACCCCUGGAAGCCUUCCUUCGACGACACCCAUGUCUCCAUCAGCCAUGUCUGCUCAGAACCUGGUCAUGUCUUCAUCAGGAGUCGGAGGAGAUGCCAGCGUCACGCUCACUCUGGCCGAUACUCAGGGCCUGCUCUCCGGAGGACUGGACACAGUCACGCUCAACAUUGCUUCUCAGGGUCAGCAGUUCCCAGCCUUACUCGCGGAUCCCUCGCUGUCGGGCCAAGGGGGAGCAGGUUCUCCGCAGGUCAUCCUAGUGAGCCACACCCCCCAGCCCUCCGCCGCGGCGUGUGAGGAAAUCGCCUACCAGGUAGCUGACGUGUCGGCCAGCCUGGCCCAGGGCGGGCCGCCCGAGAAGGAGGGCCGGAUGCACCAGUGCUUGGAGUGUGGCCGCACCUUUGCAUCGGCCGCCAUGCUGCUUCACCACAGCAAGGAGGUGCACGGCCGGGAGCGCAUCCACGUGUGUCCCGUGUGCAGGAAGGCCUUCAAGCGCGCCACGCACCUCAAGGAGCACAUGCAGACUCAUCAAGCUGGGCCUUCGUUAAGCUCCCAGAAGCCAAGAGUGUUUAAAUGUGACACCUGUGAAAAGGCGUUCGCCAAGCCAAGCCAGCUGGAGCGGCACAGCCGCAUCCACACAGGAGAGCGGCCGUUCCGCUGCACGCUGUGUGAGAAGGCCUUCAACCAGAAGAGCGCCCUGCAGGUGCACAUGAAGAAGCACACGGGCGAGAGGCCCUACAAGUGCGACUACUGCAUCAUGGGCUUCACCCAGAAGAGCAACAUGAAGCUCCACAUGAAGCGGGCGCACAGCUACGCCGGCAGUGCGCCGGAGCCCGCGGCCCAGCAGGAGCCCGGCGCCGAGGAGCUGAGCCGCAGCCUGCGCCUGGAGGAGGUGGUGCCCGAGUCGGCGAGCGAGUGGCAGGCCCUGGCCAACGUGUUCUGACGCGGCCGGAGGCGGGGAGACGGAGGAGCGCUGGCGCUUUCGCCGCAAACUUGUCUCCAGAACCGUUGUCCUCAGAGACCGACGGGCAACAGCCGCGGGCAGGGCGGCCGCCGCCGUCCCGUUUGCCCGCAGGCCCCGACCUCGGGCACUGCUCCAGGCCGGCGGCCGGCGCGUCGCGGCGAAGUCGUCAGCGGGCCUGACGGCCGCGGAGAGUGGCCUCCUCGUGUUAGA